AUGGUUUCCUCUCCCUCUGAGCCUUCGAGAGCGGCGAGUGGCAUGCACCCACCCCUCGCUUCAGCAAAUGCCCCAUCAAUUGCCGACUCACUGCCCAGCAUCAAUUUUGGAUUUGAGGGUUUGCGUAAUCGCAUGGCCCAGUUCACGACAAAGUUUGACGCAGCGAUCGCGCAUAGUCGUAAACAGGUCCACGAAGAUCGUGACCAGUUUCAUGCCAAGCUCGCUGAACUGCAAGAGGAUGAACGAACGAUCCAACGGAACAUCGAAAUCAUCGAUCUGAAAUCCAAAUCUCACAAACAUAUACUACAAAAAGAAGCCGCCGAAGCUACCGAAAUGCAUACUGCAAUCUCAUCUAUCACGAGCGAGCGUGACUCUCGACUCACUAAACGCGACCGUCUCAAACAGCAAAUUGCGGAAACUCGGAAUUCCAUUUCCCAGAGGGUUGAAGCGCAAAAAGCUUGUGCGAAACACCUAGAUGCGCAAUCCCGCCUGGAUAAUCCCGAGCUGGCUUUUUGGCAAAAUUAUCUUUCUCUGCGGAUGGAGGGGGCUGGGAGGGAAGAUCGGUUGAAAUUCACUUUCACUCAUAUCUCCGAGAAGGAUUGGGAAUAUGAGGCUUGGUUUGAGUUGGGGAUUGCUUGUGGUGACUAUGAAAUCUUUCAUACAAAACCGAAAUUGGAUCGUGACGCUUUGGAAGAAGUGGCGAAUCUUGUGAAUGAGAAUCGGGAUUUAGGGGCUUUCCUCAAGCGGAUGCGCAAGCUUUUUGCAGAUACGAUGAAUGGGGGAGUUCUUGGGGGUUUGACUGAAUGA